AUGUCCAACCUAUCACUGGCAAGUCACAAACGGAUACUCACGCGGUAUACUAACCAAUUGCAAAAAGUUCUAACCCGAUUCAAAGACGCGCAGUUAGAAGAAAUCAGCGUUCAAAACCUGCAAGAUGAGAUAACGCCCACCGUUAUUCAAACAAGCCUACAGCAGUUAGAGGAAGCAGUGGCAGCGUUAGAAAACAUGACCACAAAGAUUCAACACGCACUAGAUGAACUCGCUACCAUGUUCGAAAAGUCACACCCAACGUCACCGAAUAUUGAAGAAGAGUUCGCACAGUGCUCAACUACUGCUGAAGAAGCCAUUGGCAAUACUUUCGAAUACCUUGUACUCCUUCAUGCUCGGAUCCAUGGCUUCAAGGCUCAUGCUGAGCUUCUCAACACAUCCCACAAACACUCCACUACGAAUAGUAGUAAAAAUGAAUCCACCGUCACCGCAGUCGUGAAAAAUCUGGAGCUACCCACAAACCCAAUCCCAACAUUCAAUGGCGACAUCUGGGACUGGGAUAACUUUUGGGAGCUUUUCAACUUAAAUGUACAUUCACAAAAUCUUUCAGAGCUACAAAAAUUCAAUUACCUACUUAACUCCUUAAAAGGGGAAACUCUACAAUCGAUGAAGAAGUUCCAACUCACUAGGCAAAACUACUUAAAAGCCAUAGAAUUCCUCACUAAUAAGUACGGUAAUCCUGAAGAACUCAUUCGCCAGCUCCUCAGAAAGAUGGACAAAAUCUCCCUUCACUCGUCGUCCAUACACGAGCAACGCAGACUAUUGGAAGACAUAGAAGCCAUCAUAGGCCAAUUAGUGCAAAAAGGUGAAAAUGUCGACAAUCAGUCCAUGUAUCAAAAGGUUCUUUCGAAAUUUCCAGUCGGGAUCCAACGUAAAGUUAUUCACAAAAAGAUCACUUCUCCCGACGAACCCUUCACCAUGCAGCAGCUUCUAAAAUAUUUUGAAGUGGUUAUAACCAGCGAGGAACAGGUAUGUCGCCAGACCAGCGCAACACCUCCUCGAGAUACAGUUAGCUUCGACAACAAAGGCAAACACUGGAAGCCGCCGACAACAAGGCUCCUGUGCAUGUAUUGUAAAGGCGACCAUAAGCCUUUCUAUUGCAGUAAAUACGAAACACCUCAAAGAAGAUACCUUCAAAAUAAUAAGCUAUGCAAUAUUUGCGCCUCUCCAUCCCACAGCACAAUUCAGUGCAACGGGUCGUUAUGUCGUAAGUGCCAGAAACGUCACCACACAGCAUGCUGUCUCUUUCCGACACCAAACGAGAAAACGUUCGUGCCAUCUACGAAGAAUGCGAACGCCAAAAACGAGGCCAACGCCAGUAAACACAAAGAGAAAGAGCUUAAAAAACCGACUUCUACGUCCAAAAUAAACCACGUCGGACAAGAGACACCGGCCAAAGACAAAAGUUUCACGAAAUCUAGCACAAAACUGCAGUCAACUUUCCUACCCACAGGGGAAUUGACUAUAAUGAACCCAACCACAAAACAAUUAGAGAAAGUUUCGGUCUUACUGGACACGGGAGCUGAGUUAUCCUUUAUCGACGAAAAUCUUGCACAAAAGCUAGGUCUACCGAAGAUAGAAGAAAUUAAACUGCGGCUAAACACAUUCGGUUCAUGCAAUGUGCAAGAACGCGUUUCACGAAAGGUCCCGUUACAGGUCAUUUAUGUACAGGACAACUAA